AUGGGCGCAGCUUGUCAUACACUCGCGCCCUAUGGAGAAUGGGCGUCUCCCAUUACCAGCGAUCUUGUCUUGGCAACCUCGGCAUCGAUCGUUGAGAUCGGCGCGGGUGCAAAAGACGUGUUUUUUACCACGGCCAGCGCCAAGGAAGAUGGGCGCACUUCGUUGACACGUUUGCAAGGACAUGAGGCGGAAGAUUUCGUUCCGCACACGAUCGGCUCCGUCCGCUCUUUGAUACAUAAUUAUGGCGGCGGCGCUUUUUCCGUCCGGCCCGACGGGUCACCCGUGUUUGCAUACGAAAAUGCGGCUGGCUGCGGCGUCGGCGCUGUCGACCCUGCGGACAAGCGAGUAGAGAUCCUUGUGCAUCCCAACACGACGCAUCGGUACGGCGACUUUGGCGCGCAUCCGAGCCUUGCCGCUCUGACACUGGCAAUCGAGGAAGAGCACGGCGCGCGUGUGCAAAACCGUCUCGUAUGCCUCGACACGCGCACUUCCCCGCACGCCAAAGUACACAUUCUUCAUGCCGCGCACGACUUUUACGCUUACCCGCGAUUUUCGCCAGAUGCAUCCAUGGUGGCGUACGUAACGUGGGAACACUCUUCCAUGCCGUUCUGGGCGACGCAGCUGUGGGUUGCCCAAGUAACCGAGGCGGACGGCUUGCUGAGCCUCAUCGAUCUCGUCCAAGUCGCUGGAUCGAAUGCAAACGAUGCAUACAUUGUUGCGCAGCAGCCAGUAUGGGUCCCCGGCACGCACACACUGCUGUACACGGAAAGCAGCCGUGCGUGCGCGGCGGUUUGCGAGGCGACGAUCGACGCGGGCCGUGUAACGCAACGAGAUUCGAGUCGUAGCCCAGGCGAUGUGCAGCCGCCGCUAUGGGAGCUGAACAUCUCUUCGCUUGUUCCUAUCGCUAAAAAACACAUGCUCCACGCCGAAUCCAUCGAGGGCAUGGAGCGGCUCGUGCUUACGGACCGCACCUCGCGCUCACGCACAGUGCUUUCCACGCACUAUACGCAGUUUGCCCAGUUGCGAAUAGCGCACGAUGCACAACAGAAGCCAUUCCUUGUCGCGAUUGCCAGCGCGCCGCGCACAUCACCCGAGCUUAUAUCCAUCGCCCUCGACCCCCUCCCGAGCGCCGACCACAUAAACGUGUUGGUGCGCACAGGAGCUUUGGAUCCAGCAUUGGAUGCGUAUAUCAGCGUGCCGGAGAGCAUCACCUUUCCUACAACGCUGCCCGAGGGCCAAGAGGCAUCUGCACACGCUUUUCUAUACCCCCCGACUAAUCCUGUAUAUCAAGCACCCGCAGCCUCACUUCCUCCGUGCCGUAUUUAUGUCCAUGGCGGUCCAACGAGCAGUGCGCUUCCAACGCUGGAUCUUUACGUGCAGUACUGGACAUCGCGUGGCUGGUGUGUAUGUGCGGUAAACUACGGGGGGAGCACUGGGUACGGCUAUGCUUACAUGAGCCGCUUGCACGGGCAGUGGGGCAUUGUCGAUAGUCAAGACUGCAUUGCCGCAGCUGAGCAUCUCUCGGGGAAGCGUUCACCGCGGGUGCACUUGAACGUCGACAAUUUUUCGCUCACGGAGACGUGCAACGAGGGCGUGCAUCGCAUGACUCUUUCGCGCACCGGCGGGACGAGAUUUCUGGGGGCAGGAGCGGGCAUGGCUGCAUUUUUUCUAGUGUACGGUGUUUUGCGUAGCGCCGCAGUUCCGCACAACCUACUGGCCGCGGUGUGCGCCGCGCUCUUGUGCAGCUUCGUUUGUGUGCAAUGCCGUGUGCAUACAGAGUCUGUUACCGUCUUUCCCAAUAUCGGCGUGCAACUGGAUACUGUGCGCGGCUUUUCCCGCGUGCAAUCGACCUUUAUUUCUCGCAAUACAAUCCUCGAUUUUUUUAUGCUCGAGUCGAUCCAGCGGUGGGGGAUUGUGGAUUAUGCCGUGCUGGCCACCAACGUACCUCCGAAACGUCAAAGCCUGCACAUUGUAUACCCAAACCUAAUGCCGCCUGCACCUCUGUACAUUGAAACAUACCGUUGCAUCUACCCAGCCCUCUUUGGCGCCCAGGAAAAAAAAGCGCCACUCCGCGUCGAUCCGUCCAGCAUAUGCAUCAGUGGACGUUCGUCUGGAGGAUACACUGUGCUCCACAGUCUAUCUACAUUUCCGGAUACAUUUUGUGCUGGAUACAGCGCGUACGGUAUUUGUGAUCUUUUGCGCCUUGCACAGCAUACUCAUAAAUUUGAGUCGCACUACUUGACUGGGCUGCUUGGCGGCACUCCUGACACGAUUCCCCAUAUAUACCACGAAAGGAGCCCGAUAUUUCAAGCACACAAUAUCAAAACGCCAGUGCUCUUGUUCCAGGGCACACAGGACAAGGUUGUGCCUCCAGAACAAGGCCGCGCCAUAGCGGCCAAGAUUCGGGAGCACGGCGGUGUGGUCGAGUAUGUCGAGCUUCCGAACGAAGGCCACGGCUUCCGCACCCUCCAAAACCAAAAGCGCGCGCUCGAAGCCGAGUACGCAUUUUUCCAAGCGCGCAUCCAACAACGGGCAUUGACGCGCGAGUUUCUGUGCUUUGGCGACAAGGGCGAUGUAGACGACAUUACCGAGGCGGACAUCAUUUCCACGGUCGAGUUUGAUCCUACCGGCAACUACCUCGCCACGGGAGACAAGGGAGGACGUGUUGUGAUGUUUGAGCGGAACGAUGCGGGAAAGAAGCAAGGCUGUGAGUACCGCUUCCACACCGAGUUCCAGUCGCACGAGCCCGAAUUCGACUACCUCAAGUCGCUCGAGAUUGAGGAGAAAAUCAAUCAGAUUUGCUGGUGCCGGAGGCAGAAUGCUGCACACAUGCUGCUGAGCACGAAUGAUAAAACCAUCAAGCUGUGGAAGGUGUUUGACAAACCAUUGAAUGCCGUCGCGGAGGGGAGUCUUGCUACGGGCGACGAUCCUGCAGCCAUGCUUAUGUCCAGCAGCACAAUGGAUGGCGCACGGGACGAGGGCGUAUUGCACCCAAGCUUGUUGAAGCUUGGCGCGCCGGGCGUAUCGCCCCAGCUUAGCGCCGAACAGUCGCGCCUCUUGCGCCUGCCCCGGUUGGUCUAUCACGACACCAUUGUAGCUGCAGUUCCUCGCAAAAUCUAUGCGAACGCACAUGCAUAUCAUAUUAACUCUCUCUCGGUGAAUUCGGAUGAGGAGACAUUCAUCAGCGCGGACGAUCUGCGCAUCAAUCUCUGGAAUUUGGGGACUAGCGACAAGAGUUUCAACAUUGUCGAUAUCAAGCCGGUAAAUAUGGAAGAACUCACGGAAGUGAUCACCGCCGCGCAAUUCCAUCCGACUCACUGCAAUGAACUAGUGUAUUCAAGCUCCAAAGGCACAAUCAAGCUCGCGGACAUGCGUGAAUCGGCGCUGUGCGACCGGCACGCAAAAUUAUUCCAGGAGGAAGAGGAUGUGAACAACAAGUCCUUUUUUAGCGAGAUUAUCAGCAGCAUCUCGGACGUGCGGUUCAGCCACGACGGCCGCUAUAUCCUCUCGCGCGAUUAUCUCACGCUCAAGGUCUGGGACGUGAACAUGGAAUCCCGUCCGCUUGCGACUAUUCCCAUUCACGAUUCCUUGCGCCCGAAACUGUGCGACCUUUACGAGAACGACUGCAUUUUUGACAAGUUUGAAGGGAUUUGGGGCCCUGCGGGCUCCACCGUGCUCACGGGCAGCUACAGCAACUACUUCCAUUUGGUCGACUGGGAACGACAGUCGGACAUCGUGCUCCAGGCGGACAAGUCUGCGUUCAAGUCGAAAAAGCUCGCGUCAAUGAACAAGGGCGGGAAGAACGGCCUGGCAAGCGCAGCCAACCUCAACAAUAUCGACUUCAACAAAAAGAUUUUGCACGCGAGCUACCACCCGCACGAGGAGACCAUCGCGAUUGCCGCGACCAACAACCUGUUCAUUUUCUCUGCAAACAAUCCUGCGGGUCUCCCUGCAUGA